CCCUUUCUCUCUCUAUAAAUACUAGUAGAGUUCAUAGAGAGAGAAACCACAAAAUUCAACUUCAACUACAGAGAGAAAAUCCAAGAAAGCUCUGAAACGACAUCGUCCGUUCUCUCUCUCAAGAGAAAGAAUUUCCAAGGGAGCUCUGAAACGACUCCGUCCGUCUUCUCUCUUCCAAGAUAAAUUCUUCUCCGAUCUGGAAACAGAUUAAAUUCUUUUCUGGAAGAACUAUUAAAAUGUCUUCGCUUAGUAGAGAGCUUGUGUUUCUCAUACUUCAGUUUCUCGAGGAAGAGAAAUUUAAAGAAACUGUUCACAGAUUGGAGCAAGAGUCAGGGUUUUACUUUAACAUGAGGUACUUUGAAGAAAUGGUGACAAAUGGAGAGUGGGAUGAAGUGGAGAAGUAUUUGUCAGGGUUUACGAAAGUGGAUGAUAAUAGAUAUUCGAUGAAGAUUUUCUUUGAGAUUCGGAAGCAAAAGUACCUUGAAGCUUUGGACAAGCGAGAUCGUGCGAAGGCAGUUGAAAUUUUAGUGAAGGACUUGAAAGUGUUUGCGGCAUUUAAUGAAGAGCUGUUUAAAGAAAUUACGCAGCUACUGACGUUGGAAAACUUUAGAGAUAAUGAACAGCUAUCCAAAUAUGGAGACACCAAGUCUGCUAGGGGUAUAAUGCUCGGUGAACUCAAAAAGUUGAUAGAGGCUAACCCUCUUUUCCGUGACAAGCUUCAGUUUCCUACUUUGAAAAACUCAAGAUUGCGGACUCUAAUUAAUCAGAGUUUAAAUUGGCAACAUCAGCUUUGUAAGAGUCCAAGGUCUAAUCCUGACAUAAAGACUUUAUUUGUUGACCACAGUUGUGGGCAACCAAAUGGUGCGCGGGCCCCAUCCCCUGUCACCAAUUCCUUAAUGGGUGGCGUGCCCAAGUCAGGGGGGUUUCCUUCAAUAACCGGUCAUGGUCCAUUUCAGCCUGCGCCUGCAGCUCUUCCAUCUUCUCUUGCAGGAUGGAUGGCGAAUCCAUCUGCUUCUGCUGGGCCCCUAGGUUUGGCUCCCAAUAACACAGCAGCUAUCUUAAAGCAUCCCAGGACUCCCCCUACCAAUAACACAGCUAUUGACUAUCAAACAGCAGACUCUGAACAUGUGUUGAAGAGGCCAAGACCAUUUGGACUAUCGGAUGAGGUCAAUCUGCCAAUAAACAUUAUGCCCAUUGCUUAUACGAGCCAGAACCAUGGGCAAAACUCCUACUCUUCUGAUGACUUGCCCAAGAAUCCUGUCAUGGCUUUAAAUCAAGGUUCUGCUGUCAAGAGUAUGGAUUUUCAUCCAGUCCAACAAAUUCUACUUCUUGUUGGAACAAACAUGGGUGAAGUCAUGUUAUGGGAGUUGGGCAGCAGAGAAAGGAUUGCUUGGAAGAAUUUCAAGGUUUGGGACCUUAAUGCACGCUCAAGAGCUCUGCAGGCAUCUCUGUCCAAUGAUUAUACAGCAUCCGUUAACCGUGUGGCGUGGAGUCCUGAUGGAACUUUAUUUGGUGUUGCAUACUCCAAGCACAUUAUGCAUGUAUACUCCUACCAUGGCGGUGAUGACAUAAGAAAUCACCUUGAGAUGGAUGCUCAUAAUGGGAAUGUAAAUGAUCUUGCUUUUGCUUACCCAAACAAACAACUUGUUGUAGUCACUUGUGGCGAUGACAGGACCAUCAGGGUUUGGGAUGCGAUUGUGGGGACUCGACUGUUUAAUUUUGUUGGUCAUGAUGCACCUGUAUAUUCUGUGUGCCCACAUCACAAGGAAAAUAUUCAGUUUAUCUUUUCAACCGCAACUGAUGGAAAGAUAAAGGCAUGGUUGUAUGAUAAUGCUGGUUCAAGAGUCGACUAUAAUGCACCAGGGCAUUCUUCUACCACAAUGGCAUACAGUGCUGAUGGAACUAGGUUAUUCUCAUGUGGGACAAACAAAGAAGGAGAAUCACACUUGGUGGAGUGGAAUGAAAGCGAAGGAGCUGUGAAACGUACCUAUAAUGGUCUUGCAAAGCGUUCUGGGGGUGUUGUGAAGUUUGAUACCACUAAAAAUCGAUUCUUGGCAGCUGGGGAUGAUUUCAUGAUCAAGUUUUGGGACAUGGAUAAUAACAACCUGUUGACAACUAUUGAUGCAGAGGGUGGAUUGCCGGCUUCUCCUUGUAUUAGAUUUAACAAGGAAGGAACACUGUUAGCAGUCUCAACAAAUGACAAUAGCAUCAAAAUUCUAUCAAAUUCAGAUGGGAUCAGGCUGCUCCGGACAGUGGAGAGUCGUACAUUUGAUGCUUCUAGAGCUGCUUCUGCUGCUGUUGCGAAGGCCCCUGCAAUAGGCACUUUUCCUCCUGCUAAUGCCACAGUUGGAACUAGCAUCGAUAAUCAAGCUGCUCCUGCAGCACCCAUGGUUGGAAUGAAUAGUGACAAUCGAAGUUUAGUUGACGUGAAGCCUAAAAUUCAAGACGAAUCAAUUGAAAAAUCUAGGAUCUGGAAAUUAACAGAAAUAAAUGAACCAUCACAGUGUCGCUCCCUGAGGCUCCCUGAUAGCUUGACUGCCAUGAGGGUGUCUAGAUUAAUUUUUACAAAUUCAGGAGUUGCCAUAUUGGCACUAGCAUCUAAUGCAGUGCACAAGCUUUGGAAGUGGCAGAGAAAUGAUCGAAACUUAACUGGGAAGGCCACUGCUAGUGUACCACCUCAAUUAUGGCAGCCUUCUAGCGGAAUUUUGAUGACUAAUGAUAUCAGUGACACAAAUCCUGAAGAUGCUGUUCCGUGCUUUGCACUUUCAAAGAAUGAUUCUUAUGUUAUGUCAGCUUCAGGAGGGAAGAUUUCUCUUUUCAAUAUGAUGACAUUUAAGACAAUGACAACAUUCAUGGCUCCACCACCAGCUGCAACAUUUUUAGCAUUUCACCCUCAAGACAACAAUAUCAUUGCUAUUGGCAUGGAGGACUCUUCUAUACAAAUUUAUAACGUCAGGGUUGAUGAGGUUAAAACAAAGUUAAAAGGUCAUCAGAAAAGAAUUACAGGACUCGCCUUCUCACACUCUCUAAAUGUCCUGGUGUCUUCCGGAGCUGACUCGCAGUUGUGUGUUUGGAGCACCGAUGCAUGGGAGAAACAAGCUAGUAAAUUCUUGCAAAUUCAAACUGGACGAGUUGCUUCUUCUCUUGCAGAUACACGUGUUCAAUUUCACCUUGACCAGAUACAUUUGCUUGCGGUUCAUGAAACACAGAUAGCUAUAUUUGAAGCACCAAAAUUGGAAUGCCUCAAGCAGUGGUUCCCUCGUGAAGCAAGUGGUCCGAUCACGCAUGCUACGUAUUCCUGUGAUAGCCAAUCUAUAUAUGUUAGUUUUGAAGAUGGAAGUGUGGGUGUUCUCACUGCUUCAACACUAAGGUUGAGAUGCAGAAUAAAUUCUACUGCUUAUUUACCUCCCAAUCCAAGCUUGAGAGUGUAUCCUCUUGUCAUUGCUGCACAUCCCUCUGAGCCUGAUCAAUUCGCACUGGGACUAACAGACGGUGGAAUUCAUGUGCUUGAACCAUUGGAGUCGGAAGGAAAAUGGGGGACCUCGCCUCCUGUUGAAAAUGGUGCUGGCCCUAGUACAGCUUCUGGUGCUGCUGGUUCUGAACAAGCUCAAAGGUAGUCGGGUGCAUGGCUUUCAACCAGGACCUUUAUUGUGCAUGCCUUGUAUGCAAUCCCGCUCCCUGGGCCCACCACAUUGUGAUUUUCGAGGGGAAGCUGCAGAAAUUAGGUACUAUAAUAUAGGUUUAGGAUACUUGCAUCCUGAUAGAGAGAGCUCGUUUAAGUGCCAAUUUAAUCAUUUUGCUUCCGAAGGCAUGAUGUUCUCCGUUCCCCCUCAUUAGAAAUGGUUGGAGAAGCAUGAGUUUAUGGUUGUACAUUCUAGGAGUCAAAUGCAAAAACAAAGAAGGAAGAAAAACUGAAGGUGAAGGUCUGACUAUAGAAUUUUAAAGGUGAUUUAGGAAGACACUCUUGAGCUGGUUGUUUUGUCUGUGUUCAUUUUUAUCUAUUUUCGAAGAUAGCCAUCUAAUUUUUUUCA